UCACCUGUGCACCUUUGCGGAAUUUCGUGUAUUUUUCGUUUUAGCUUCGAAACAAGCAUCAAAAAUUGUGUGUUUUUUUAUUUACAUACAAGAUUAAUUGCUAGUUAUUAACCAACCAAACAGCAAUGCAGUCGACAUUACGCAGAGCUGUGACAACUGUGGCCAAGACACAACUGCGCACAAAUGCAGCAAUUUUGGGAGCAUUGAAUGCUCGCUCCUAUUCGAGCACUCAUGAAGCCGACAUUGUGGUCAUUGGCUCUGGGCCCGGCGGCUAUGUGGCCGCUAUUAAAGCGGCCCAGAUGGGCAUGAAGACCGUCAGUGUGGAAAAAGAGGCAACGUUGGGUGGCACUUGCUUGAAUGUGGGCUGCAUACCCUCGAAGGCGCUGCUUAACAACUCCCACUACUAUCACAUGGCCCACUCGGGUGACUUGGCCAAUCGUGGUGUCAUUUGCGGCAGCGUUUCACUUGACCUGGAGAAGCUCAUGGGACAGAAGACAAAUGCUGUUAAGGCGCUGACUGGUGGAAUUGCUAUGCUCUUCAAGAAGAACAAAGUUACACAACUGACAGGUUUCGGCUCCAUUGUCAGUCCCAACGAGGUGCAAGUGAAAAAGGCGGACGGCACCACCGAGACGGUUAAGACCAAGAAUAUAUUGAUUGCUACCGGCUCCGAAGUGACUCCCUUCCCAGGCAUUACAAUUGAUGAGGAGGUCAUUGUGAGCAGCACGGGUGCUCUGAAGCUGGCCAAAGUGCCAAAGCACAUGGUUGUGAUUGGCGCUGGCGUCAUCGGCUUGGAGCUGGGUUCAGUUUGGUCCCGAUUGGGUGCAGAGGUGACCGCUAUUGAGUUUAUGGAUACCAUUGGCGGCGUGGGCAUUGACACUGAGGUCUCCAAGACCUUCCAAAAGGUGCUCACCAAGCAGGGCCUCAAGUUCAAGCUAGGAACCAAAGUAAUGGCCGCUUCUCGCAGCGGCGACAACGUAUCCGUUUCUGUGGAGAACGCCAAAUCCGGAGAAAAGGAAGAAAUCCAGUGCGAUGCCUUGCUUGUCAGCGUAGGACGUCGCCCCUACACGGAGGGCUUGGGCCUGGAGGCCGUGGGCAUUGUUAAGGAUGAUCGCGGUCGCAUUCCUGUCAAUGCCACCUUCCAGACAGUAGUGCCCAACAUUUACGCCAUUGGCGAUUGCAUUCACGGCCCCAUGUUGGCUCACAAGGCAGAAGAUGAGGGUUUGAUCACCAUCGAGGGCAUCAACGGUGGACAUGUGCAUAUUGACUACAACUGCGUGCCCAGCGUUGUCUACACGCAUCCCGAGGUUGCGUGGGUGGGCAAAUCGGAGGAGAUGCUUAAGCAAGAAGGUGUGGCCUAUAAGGUUGGUAAGUUCCCCUUCAUGGCGAACUCGCGUGCCAAGACCAACAACGAGACCGAUGGCUUCGUAAAAGUGCUUGCCGAUCAGGCUACAGACCGCGUGCUGGGCACGCAUAUCAUUGGUCCAGCUGCCGGCGAACUCAUCAACGAAGCCGUUCUUGCCAUGGAGUAUGGCGCUUCUGCGGAAGACAUCGCCCGCGUCUGCCAUGCCCAUCCUACAUGCUCGGAGGCAUUGCGCGAAGCUAACGUGGCAGCCGCUUUCGGUAAGCCUAUCAACUUUUAACUCGAUUCCACUGUUGACCAUCUAGCUGCCUGUUGACUCCGCACUUGCAACACUAUUUCGAUCGAUGCGAGCUUUCCGAGUGUUUGAAAUUCUCAUAUGUGCAACUGUAACGAAACAUCUCCGAUGAAUAUAUAAAUUGCAAUACAAUGCAACUAUGUAAA